AUGUGGUUAGUUGCGAAAAACAGUUCCCUGCUGUCGCCUGAUCUGAGGCUGAUCAUUUUACAUAUUGCCUUAAGAAAUUUAAAGGUGUUGGGGUCCAUCGGGCCGAGAACCUCGAUACAUAUUGGCAAGAAUUCCAUCGAGGAGAGGGCGUUCCCAUAUUUUUUCAUUUUCUCGUCCGCUGCCCUGGCCGCGGCCAAACCGCAUUCUUUACUUGUCAGGUUUACGUAUCGUUCGGCAAGGGUGCCAGGGACCGUAACAUCCCACGCCAAACAUCUGCCGGCUUUCCAAGGUAUUAGUGUGCAUCCGUCCGGCGCCUACCAUCAUGCGCAGAAAUGCCGGAUGGGCGGUGCGCAGGGCUCCGUCAAAUUCGCCCAAUUUAGAAGGGUCAAUGUGUUUAGAUGUACGCAGGAAGUACAUCAAUUUGGGCAAACUGAGGGCAUUGCGGAUAAUAGUCAAGGCAUCAUGGGCCGAAAGACAGGAAACACGACCCAGGGCAAAUUUAAGCUCAGAGAGCUUUUGACGGAGAGUGGGCAAGCUCCAGACAGGAUCAAAUUAAUGAAUUGGGUUAAGGAGUUCAACGUGUCGUCGAUUGGCAAGGGGCCUGAAAAAACAUUCUUAAGAUGCUGGGAUCGUAGGCCAUCCAGGCCUCCAGAAGAACCGUUUUUGAACGAUUUAACGGCCCUCAGCACCUCGGCGGGAGAAACGCAACCAGCCGUUGGUGUCAAUGCGGGAAAGACCCGCCUGUCCACCGGAAUUUUUGGGUGGAUAGAACAUAAUUUAUCGAAGGUGGCCGGCGAGCUCUCCGCCAGGCCUUCCGGCGAACAGACAAGUCUGACAGCCGAGGACAGGUUUCACUGUUCAAUACAAGAUGACACAGCGUUCAUCCACCGAUCGGGGUUGUGCUUUUGUGAUUUGGCAUUAUUGAACCCAUCAAAGCACAGUACCAGGGUUUCAAGACCAAUAAUUGAAUAUUCGCUUAGACGCUUGUUGACCAGAUUGCCCUGGUUGACCCGGUGA